UAUUAAUAAGCCACAAUUACAUUGACAAAAUAUCACUUUCCUCAGUACAGAAUUCAACACAUACAUACAUACAACUAGACAUGGUAUGGGUGCAAUACACGACCAGCUGUGCUAAUUUUGAUAACCUGGUCAAUAAUUUUUUAACGGCCAUACACACACGUACUCGUAUUAAGGAAAUAUAUUUAUAUUUAACAAGUUUAUCAAAUAAAAUUGCAAUUAAAAUUGGGAAUAAAAAAUUUGACAUUAAAAAUCAGAUCAAAAAGUUUAUCUUGAUGAGUUCGACUUCGAAAAUUUCUUGCUGUUACUAAACAAUGUGACAGGAUGAGAACAGCAAUUGGACGAUUGAUUGAGCGUGUGUCAUGCAACACCGCUACAACAACUAAGACCAUGUGCAAAAAAAAAACAAAAAAAAAAUUUACAGCUUAAGCCAUAAGUCAUAAGUGUCGUUAACGGUUCAAACGCACUGCACUCGUACUUUACGAUUUCGAUUAACCUGAGUAUAAAUGUCAAAGCAGAGGACGAGUUGCGUUUAAUAAGUCAGCAGUUACCUUCAUAAUUGCACUUGCACUUUCAAUUAGACACUUUCUUCAAACAAAAAGGAGUUGCAUUAAAUAACUAAAUAAACAAAUUAUAUAAAUAUAAAUACAUCGUGGUUUAAGCAGUUGAAGUUGAAACAAACAAACAAACAAACAAAAAAAUGCCUUUCAAACAUACACAAUCUGCAUGGUUACUUUUCUUCGGUGUACAAGCUGUUUUCAUAUCUUUUGUUUUUGCCAAUGCGUGGGAAAAAUUAGAUUGGUGCGAUCCAUCACUUUGUCCUAACGGCAAAUGGCAUGUCGCUUGCAGAAGCGAUGGUCGGUUCGCUGAAAACUGUCCAGAAGAUGCCACACUCUUUGACUUGCGGCAAUAUCGUCAGCACAUUCUGCACGAACACAAUAAACGUCGCAACUUUGUAGCGCUCGGCGAGCUACCCGGCUACUAUCCAGCCGCGCGCAUGGCCACCAUGGUGUGGGAUGAAGAACUCGCCUUUUUGGCAUCACUGAAUUUGAAAAUGUGUUAUGUGGAGCACGAUGAUUGCAAUAAUUCCUAUCGUUUUCCGAGUGUGGGACAAAAUCUUUCGGGCGUUGAUCGUCGCCACGACUUGGAAGCCAAUGUGACGGACAUCAUAGCCAUGUCGAUGGGUUUAUGGUUUGGCGAAUAUCCACUAAUCGAUAGCAGUUACAUACGCUCAUUUCGUGUUUCAUCGAAUUUCGAAAAGUACGGCCACUUCGCGGAAAUGAUGAUCGAUCGCAAUACUCAUGUCGGCUGCGCCAUGUCACGCUACACACACCCCGCCUACCCUUUCCUGUACAUCUACAAUACAGCCUGCAAUUAUGCAAGUAAAUAUGCAUUGGAAACGCCGGUUUAUCGGGUGGGCGCAUCCGCUUCGGAAUGUACAACCGGCCCCAAUCCAAAAUAUCCCGGCCUCUGUUCGGCGAAAGAGAAAUUCAAUCCAAAUUAUAAUUAAUUACUAUUUACAGUAAGCAUCCCAAAAAUAAAAAUAAAUAAAACAAAGACAAAGACAAA